AUGGAGGGCUUAGCGAAUACUUGGUGGAAACAGGUCAAGAGAAGAAUGGAUGUUACAGGACUGACCUGGGAGCAAUUUGAGACACUGUUCAAUGAGCAGUACUUCCCUCAGAGUUAUAGGGAGAAAAAAGCGCUGGAAUUCAUGUCUCUGCUGCAAGGUGACAUGUCUGUAAGGGAAUAUGAGGCCAAGAGUAAUGACCUAUCCCGGUUUGCGCCAUCACUAGUGGAGUCUGAACCUAUGAGGUGUCUUAAGUUUGAGAAGGGCCUCAAGAAUUCUGUGAGGAGGUCAUUGGUGGCCUUAAGGAUUCGGAACUUCCGGGAUUUGGUAGCUGCUGCUACACGGGUGGAACAAGAUAACUUGGCCUAUCACCAAAGCAAAGAGGCAACUGGUCGAGUCUCUAUCUCUGGUAGACCUUCCGUUUCGGGUGGACCACAGCAGAGUGGUAGGAGAAACCGCAACUAG